GGGUGACAAAUAGCAGGGUGCGAGUAUAACGUGUGGGCGCCAAGGCCACAGGCUUGAGGGGAGCGGACGGUGUCUCCCUCCUUCUGCGGACUGGGCCCCGGCCGAGGGGAGGCAGGGACGUUGCUGACCCGCGGAGCACCGGUUUCUCCCGGCUCACAUCUGCGGCCUGUAAAGAUGAGCUCGGCGUCGGCGAAGCGACGGAGGGCGGACUCGCAGCUCCGGCAACCCAGCCAGUCGCCGCCCCGCAAGAAGCUGCUGGACAAGCCGGCGGCGGCCUCGGCCUCGCCGGGUAGCAGGCGGCACUUCGCCGCCCUGGUGCUGGCCCGGGGAGGCAGCAAAGGGAUCUGGCUGAAGAACAUCAGGCUGCUGGCCGGCCGGCCGCUCCUGGCCUGGGUGCUGCUGGCGGCCAUCGACUGCGGGCAGUUCGACAGCAUAUGGGUUUCAACUGACCAUGAUGAGAUUGAAAAAGUAGCAAGAAAAUAUGGAGCUCGAGUACACCGUAGAAGUGCAGAAGUAUCAACUGAUACAGCAAGUUCUUUAGACACUAUUUGUGAAUUCCUUAAAAACCACAAAGAUCCGGAGAUACACAUUGACGUGGUUGGUAAUAUACAGUGCACUUCUCCCUGUCUCCACCCUCAUCAUUUGACCGAGGUGGUAAAGAUGAUGAAGGAAAAGGAAUACGAUUCGGUAUUUUCUGUUGUAAGACGUCAUCAAUUUCGGUGGCUGGAGGUACAAGCAGAUGAGGUAACACGGCCUUUAAACUUGACUCCAGAUAAAAGGCCAAGGAGGCAAGAUUGGCGAGGAGAGCUCUAUGAAAAUGGAUCGUUCUAUUUUGCUACGACAAAAUUACUUGAGAGUGGACAUCUCCAGGGUGGUAAAAUGGCUUACUAUGAGAUGCAGCCGGAGUAUAGUGUGGAUAUUGAUGUAGACUUUGACUGGCCCAUUGCUGAACAAAGAGUUAAAAGGUAUGGUUAUUUUGGGAAAAUGAACAAAGUAAACCUUGUGGUUUGUUCCCUGGACUCGCAGCUUGAAUGUGAAUGUCAAAAUCGAGGGUAUGAGUUGUCAGAUAUGCCAAGAAUAAAAAAAAUGAAGGACAGCAACAUUCGGGUAGAAUUCAUUCCUGUCUUUGAUAAACAACAGAAGAAAAAUACCACAGAGAAAUGGCUGAAAGAAAUGGGCAUCUGUUGGGAGAAUGUGGCUUACUUUGGAAACGAUGACUCUGAUCUCGAGUGCCUGAAGAAAGCUCACUUUGGAGGUGUUUCAGGUUGUGCAGCAUCCCAAGUUCGGGAAGUGGCGGACUACAUCUGCAGCAGCAAAGAUAGAAUUCAUGAUGUGGGGGAGUUUGUUGACCAUGUGGCACAGCUCAUGGGAAACUACAGAGCUGAGAACCUGGGAGAGAGCAAUGCAUCUGAAAGCAUGAACACUGAAAGUAAUAUAAGAACCAAAAUGAACAAAGUAAACCUUCUGGUUUGUUCUCUGGACUCGCAGCUCGAAUGCCAAUGCCAAAACCAUGGGUAUAAGUUGUUAGAAAUGUCAGAAAUGGAAAAAAUGAAGGAAAGCAGCAUUCGGGUAGAAUUGAUUCCUAGCUGUAAACAGUGGAAGAAAAAUCUCGUGGAAAUAUGGCUGAAGGAAAUGGACAUCUGUUGGGAGAAUGUGGCUUACUUCGGAAACAAUGUCUCUGAUCUUGAGUGCCUGGAGAAAGCUGGCAUUGGAGGUGUUCCUGGUGAUGCAGCAUCCCAAGUUCUGGAAGUGGCAGACUACAUCUGCAGCAGCACAAGUGGAAUUCCUGAUGUGGAGGAAUUUGUUGGGCACGUGGAAAAAUACAGACCUGAGAUCCCGAGAGGGAGCAAAGCGUCUGAAUGCACGAACACUAAAAAACAUCUGAACACAACAAUGAAUGAAAUAAACCUUGUGGUUUGUUCCUUGGGCUCGCAGUUUGAACAUGAAUGCCAAAAUCGAGAGUACAGGUUGUCAGACAUGCCAGAAGUUCAAAAAAUGAAGAGCAGAGGUGGUAGCAGCAUUCGUGUAGAAUUCAUUCCAUUCUUUGAACAAUGGAAAAAACAGACCAUGGAAACGUGGAUGAAGGAAAUGGGCAUCAAAUGGAAGAAUGUGGCUUACUUCGGAAAUGAUGUCUCUGAUCUUGAGUGCCUGAAGAAAGCUGGCAUUGGAGGUGUUUCUGGUGAUGCAGCAUCCCAACUUCGGGAAGUGGCAGACUACAGCUGCAACAACAGUGCUAAAAUUAGCGAUGUGGAGGAAUUUGUUGACCAUGUGGCACUGCUGAUGGAAAAAUGCAGAGCUGAGAACCCAAGCAGGAGCAAAGCAUCUGAAAGCACGAUCACUCCCAAUGUUAACACUCCCAAUCUUGGAGUCAACAGUUUAAAAUGUGGGCCUGAAAAUACUGAGGGGGGAGAGAAGGGGAAUGGGGUGAAGGAGCAGAAGAGGAGGGGGAGGAGUAAGGUGGGAGAUUAAUAUUGCAGUUUGGUAAACUGAGUCAUACAGCAAUGAAGCAGGUCCUUUGGUGAACCCUGUUCAUGUCGGCCAUCGAUUGCUGAUUACUAAUCCCAAUGUCCAGUACUCAAUCUGUUUGCCUUCUGUGACACUUGAGUCUUGAUGUAAAUUGUAUGUAAUGUUGUAAGAGAGUCCCCUCCUUUCUCUCCCACUCUCCAAUCAUUCCACAACCAUUUUUAUCAGGACACGUUAAGGUAAUUUGGUUCUUGGAGCAGCACACAAAACGCUGGAGGAACUCAGCAAGUCAGGCAGUAUCUGUGGAGGGAAACGAACAGUCAACGUUUUGGGCAGAGACCCUUCAUCAGGACUAGAAAAGAAGAAGGCAGAAGCCAGAAUAAAAAGGUAGGGGGAGAAGCAUGAGCUUGGGAGGUGAUAGGUGGAAGAGGACUGAGGGAGGAGGAAUCUGAUGGGAGGACAAUAGACCGUGGAAUAAAGGGAAGGUGGUGGGCAGGUCAUGAGGGUAGGGGAGGGGGAAGAGAAAGGUUGAAGGGGAGACAUGAAUGGGGAAAACAAAGGGUGGUGUAAGGAAAACGGGGGUGUGGUUACUGGAAGUUAGAGGAAUCAAGGUUGAUGCUGUCAGGUUGGAGAUUACCAAGACAAUGAGGGUUUGCUCCUCCAUCCUGCGUCUGGCCUCAUUUUGGCAGUAGAGGAGGCUGUGAACAGACAUGUCAAUGUGGGAAUGCAAAGUGGAAUUAAAAUGGCUGUUGUAGCAGAGGUUUUGUGAAGAUGCUUGACGAAGUGGUUCCCCCCAAUCUGCAUCAGGUCUCACCGAUGUAAAGGAGGCUGCACCGGAUGCAGUAAAUGACACUGAUAGAUGUGCAGGUGAAGUACUGCUUCACCUGGAAGGACUGUCUGGGGCCCUGGAUGGUGGUGAGGCAGGCGUAGGGACUGGUGUAACACUUUGCACGGUUGCAGGGAUGUGUUGGGAGGAUGAUCAGUGGGGAGGAACAAGCAGACAAGGGAAUUGCAGAGAGUGAUCCCUGAGGAGGGGAGGAGAAGAUGUGCCUGGUGGUGGGACCCCAUUAGAGAUGGCAGAAGUUGCAGAGAAUGAUGUGUUGGGUGCAGAGGCUAGUAGGGUGGUAGGUGAGGACAAGGGGAAGCCUAUCCCUGUUGUAUCGGGGGUGGGGAUGGAGUGAGGGCAGACAUGCUGGAAAUGGAGGAGAUAUGGGUGAGGGCUGCAUUGAUAAUAGUGGAGGGGAAACCCAUUUUCUGAAACUGUUGUGUCAUACCUGCCCCUACACCACCAACUCCACCACCAUUCAGGGCCCCAGACAGUCCUUCCAGGUAAGGCAGCACUUCACCUGUGACUCUAUCGGUGUCAUUUAUUGCAUCCGGUGCUCCCAGAGCAGCCUCUACAUCAGUGAGACUUAAUGCAGAUUGGGGGACUGCUUUGUCGAGCACCUUCAUUCUGUCUAUCCGCUGGAACAGCCAGGAUCUCCCCGUGGCUAGCCACCUCAAUUCCACUUCCCAUUCCCACACUGACAUGCCUAUCCACAGCCGCAUUGUCAGGUGCAGGUUGGAGGAGCAACACCUCAUAUUCAGCCUUGGUAGUCUCCAACCAGGUGGCAUGAACAUUGAUCUAUCUGACUUCUGGUAACCUCUCCCUUCAGAAUUUUUCUUCUGUUUUCUACCCCCCCCCCCCCCAUUUUCCCUCAUUCCUGUGGCCCCUUCACCCUUCUUUCCCCUACCCUGCCCUCAUGACUUGCCCACCUCCUUCCCUUUUAUUCCAUGAUCGACUGUCAUCUCAUCAGAUUCCUCCUUCAGUCCUUUGCCCCUUCCAUCUAUCACCUCCCAGCUUCUUGCAUCGUUCCCUUUUACCCCCCCUCCCUCACCUACCUACCUUCCCCCUCUUGCCUGUCACCUGCCAGCCUGUGCUCCUUCCCCCUAACCUUUUAUUCUGGCUUCUACCCUCUUCCUUUCCAAUCCUGAUGAAAGGUCUCGACCUGAAGCAUCAACUGUUCAUUUUCCUCAGUAGAUGCUGCCUGACCACCUGAGUUCCUCCAGCAUUUUGUGUUGCUCCAAAUUUCCAGCACCUGCAGAAUCUCUUGUCUCCAUUAGGCACUUAGAGUUGUGGAAAUCAGUCCCCUCAUAAUCAGUUGUUUAACUGUUUGUUCCACAGUGGCUUUAGGACCUGGGGGAGUCUUGGCUCAAGAAUGCCAAGAACGGCAGCUGAAUCAAAGGCAGAGAGAGUUGGGCUGUACACAGUAAGAGGGUCUUUUGUGUCAUAAUGGAAUCACAAAGGCCAACUUAAAGUAGCCCUCACACCCAGCUGUGUGCACACAAGCCCUGUGUAUAGAUGCAGGACUGGGAGCGGCACAGUUCGGUUGUAGAUGUUGUAGUCUUGCACAUAUAGGGACGUGUUUUAAUCAUGAUCUCUGGUGCUGUCUGUGUGGAGUUUGGACAUCCUCUGUGACCAUGAAGGGUUCCCCAAGUGUUCUGGUUUCCUCCCACAUCCCAAAAAUGUGUUUUCUCUUGAAUUUCUGCUGGAUUAAUCAGCCACUAGUGCUGGUAAGUUGCAAAAGAGUGCAAAGGGGACAAGAAAAUAAGAGGGAGAAUGGGAUUGCUCUGUUGGGAGCUGGCAUGGACAAUGGAUCGAACGGGCUUUGUGUUGUAACAAGUUAAAUGACUCUGAUGCUUCUGAAUUAGCCAGAACUGUCAAAGCUGUCCAAUGCUUAACAUUUCUGAAGUGUACAAAAAUUCAAACAUUUGUGAUCUGGUUACAUUUUUUAAUUUUAAUGGAUGUUGGUAAGUAUUUCUACACUAAAGCCUAUAUGACCUUGGGUUGAUUGGCUAUUAAAUUCCCCCCUGGUGUGUAGUUGAGUAGUAGAACCUGGGGGGAGUUGAUGGAAUGUGGGGAGAAUUAGUUUAAGUGGCUACUUGAUUGUCAGCACAGAUUCAAUAGGCUGAAGGGCCUCUUUCUGUGCUCUGACUAAAUACAUGCCUGGAGCUCUUGCAACUCAUCCCUUGAUUUUUUUUUCUUUCAUUUGUGUGGUGUCUUGUUCAGGAACUUUCAGCAAGUGUGUGUGUGUGCGUGCAACUAUUGGGUGUACGCAGUGCAUGCACAGACUGGCUGCAGUACAAUAUGAUUCUCAAUACUGCAGCAAUAUAUGGUGAAUAUUUGAAACAAAGUGCAAAUACAAUGUACUGCAAAUACUUGAAUCUCCCAUCACUGCUUCCUUCCUUUUCCCUGUCACUUCCCUACCCCCUAUUUAUUAGGAAUAGUUAACUGUUUAAAUCAAUGAUCUUCAAGCAAUGUAAUUAUUACAAUUGUCAGAUGAAUGUAGUUCAUUUGGAAACAUUUG